UGUGAGUUGGUGUUUUAGAAAGAGAGAAUUGCCAGCAAAGAAUUUCAAGGAUUUUCAGAGUCAAAGCUGGCAUUUUUUAUUUUAGAAAAUUCAAAGAAAAUUUGAGUUCAUUUUUUUACUCUUUCAUAUUUCAAAGCAUAUGGGUUUAUAAGCUUCAGUUUUUCUUUGCUUCCUCCUCCCUCUGUUCUAUCUCUCCCUUUCUCUCUGUAUCUCUCCCUCUCUCUUCUUUCAUGGUUAUUUGAGUGAAAAAUCAAGGGUUUAAUGAUUUACAUUGAAGUUAUGUCUACUUCUCCUACUUUAGUUUGUGGUGAGAAGAAACAUUGGUGGCUCACCAACAGAAAGAUUGUUGAUAAAUAUGUAAAAGAUGCUAGAGUACUGAUAGCAACACAAGAAUACUCAGAGAUUUCAUCGGCACUAAAUCUACUCGAUGCAGCAUUAGCAUUAUCACCACGAUUUGAAACAGCUCUCGAAUUAAAAGCACGAUCUCUACUUUAUCUUCGUAGAUUUAAAGAAGUUGCAGACAUGCUUCAAGAAUAUAUUCCAAGUUAUAAAAUGGUUUCAGAAGAAUCAUCUCAUUCAUCUGAUUUGAACGCUUCUUCACAGCAAUUAUCUAGAGAGAGAGUUAAGUUAUUGUCUGGUGAUAAUUCUUCAUCGUCAGAUUCCUAUGAGAAAGAGUACCCUUCUUUCAAAUGCUUCUCUGUAUCAGAUCUUAAGAAGAAAGUCAUGGCUGGCUUGUACAAAAACUGUGAAAAAGAAGGGCAAUGGAGAUACUUGGUAUUAGGGCAAGCUUGUUGUCAUCUUGGACUAAUGGAAGAUGCAAUGGUGCUUCUUCAAACCGGUAAACGUCUUGCUUCGGCAGCGUUCCGUAAAGAGAGUGUUUGUUGGUCUGAAGAUAGUUUUGCUUUUACAAAUAUUCCUCUUUGCAGUGAUAUGAACAACAACAAUCAUCUUGCAAAUCCGCCGCCAUCAGAAUCAGAAAGUAUUACUCAGAUUCUAGCUCAUAUUAAACUUCUUCUCCGGCGAAAAACUGCUGCCCACGCGGCACUUGAUGCAGGUAUAUACUCUGAAGCUAUUCGUCAUUUCUCAAAAAUCCUUGAUGGUCGUCGAGGAACACCACAAGGGUUUCUUUCGGAUUGUUAUGUUCAUAGAGCUCAAGCAUAUAAGUUUGCUGGUCGGUUUGCUGAAGCAAUUGCUGAUUGCAAUAGAACUUUGGCACUUGAUCCAACCAAUAUUCAAGCUUUAACCAUUAGGGCUAGCAUUCUUGAGACAAUUCGAUGUUUACCGGAUUGUCUUCGUGAUCUUGAACAUUUGAAGCUUCUUUAUGAUUCAAUUUUACGGGAUAGAAAACUACCUGGGCCUAACUGGAAGCGACACAAUGUUAGGUACCGAGAUGUACCUAGUAAUCUUCGAGCAUUAACAACUAAGAUCCAAGAACUGAGACAAAGAGUUGGAUCAGGCGAAACAAGUAAUAUAGAUUAUUAUUCAUUGAUUGGAUUGAGAAGAGGUUGUUCAAGAUCAGAACUAGAACGAGCACAUUUACUUCUUUGUUUGAAGCAUAGACCGGAUAAAUCUACAAAUUUUGUUGAUCGAUGUGAAUUCGUCGAUGACCGUGACCUUGAUACCGUUAGGGAUCAAGCGAGAAUGUCAGCAUUAUUACUCUACAGAUUACUGCAAAAGGGAUAUUCAAGUGUAAUGGCUACAAUUAUGGAUGAAGCAGCAGUUGAGAAACAGCGUCAAAAGACUCAAGCAGCAUUACAACCUGCGGCAUUACAAGCACAAGCUCAAGUUCAACAAACACCACAACAAGUUCACCAAGUUACAAUGUCUGAAUCUAAACUAGACGGGGAAUUACAAAAACAAGUUCUAUCAUCAUCGGCAUCUACAAACAGUUGUUCUUCACCAGAUUACAACUUAAAUUUACAAGAGAAGAAAUCAGCAGCAGCUGCAGCAGCAGUUUUCCAAGGAGUCUUUUGCAGAGAUAUUGCAGUUGUUGGAAACCUAUUAUCUCAAGCCAAUUUUAGUCGUCCAAUCCCCGUCAAAUAUGAAGCAUUGAGUUGCUGAUUAAUAAUCAAGUCCUCUAUCAAAUUUCAAUACCGGAAAGAAAUCUGAUUUCGUCACACCUUGUACAAAUUUUUUCAAACCAAAAAAAAACCCGGGAAAUUUUGUUGCGCCUUUGCCAUUCCUACGACCACCAAUCACUAAAACCUCCGGUAGGAGACCUAUGUAGUUAAGAACCCUUUGUUAGUUACUGCUACUGUUGUUAUUUUUCACUCUAUGUAGAUGCCACAAACCCUUGUACUCCUUUUCUACUACUACUGCAAUGUUUGAUUGUAGCUUCUUUUUUUUUAAUGAGAAAAAAGUUUCUUUCUUUCUUGGUCA